GUUCUCCGUUGCCUUCUUCAUCUCGCGAGACUUGGGUGGUCUCCUCGCCUUCGGCCGGCCUCAGAGCAUCCAGCCCAUCGCGCCCUCCCUGGCCAUGGCCGACCCCAAGUACGCGGACCUGCCCGGCAUUGCCAGGAAUGAGCCGGAUGUUUAUGAAACAAGCGAUCUGCCUGAAGAUGAUCAAGCGGAAUUUGAUGCGGAGGAGCUAACUAGCACCAGUGUGGAACAUAUCAUAGUCAAUCCAAAUGCAGCUUAUGAUAAAUUUAAGGACAAGAGAGUUGGCACCAGGGGACUAGACUUCUCUGAUCGCAUUGGUAAAUCCAAAAGAACUGGCUACGAAUCUGGAGACUAUGAAAUCUUAGGAGAAGGACUGGGUGUUAAAGAAACUCCCCAGCAGAAAUACCAACGUUUGCUGCAUGAAGUUCAAGAGCUGACUACUGAAGUAGAGAAGAUUAAGAACACCGUGAAGGAAUCUACAGCUGAGGAAAAACUGACACCAGUUGCCCUUGCAAAACAGGUGGCUGGUCUGAAGCAACAACUGGUUUCCACCCACCUGGAGAAACUGCUUGGGCCAGAUGCCGCCAUUAACUUAACAGAUCCUGAUGGUGCUUUGGCCAAGCGUUUGCUCAUUCAACUGGAAGCAGCCAGGAGUACUAAAGCCACUCCUCCAGGUGGGAAGAGCCCUGCAAAAGCCCCUGCUAGCACCGUAAACACAGUAACCUACGAGCUGCACUCCCGGCCUGAGCAGGACAAAUUUUCUCAGGCUGCCAAGGUUGCAGAAAUGGAGAAACGGUUGGCUGAGCUGGAAGCUACAGUCCGCUGUGAGCAGGAUGUCCAGAAUCCUCUGUCUGUUGGACUACAAGGAGGUAGUCUUAUGGAAACUGUAGAGAUCAUGCAGGCCAAAGUCAGCUCCUUAGAUGUGGCAUCCCUGGACCAGGUGGAGGCAAGGCUACAGAGUGUCUUGGGAAAGGUGAAUGAGAUUGCCAAACACAAGGCCACUGUGGAGGAUGCAGACACUCAAAGCAAGGUACAUCAGCUUUAUGAAACUGUGCAACACUGGAGUCCCUUGGCCAGCACCCUGCCUGAAGUGGUGCAGCGCCUAGUCACUGUGCGGCAGUUGCAUGAACAAGCCAUGCAGUUUGGACAGCUUCUGACUCACUUGGACACUACCCAACAAAUGAUUGCUAAUUCCCUGAAGGACAACAUUACUUUGCUGACACAGGUUCAGAAGACCAUGAAGGAGAACCUUGCUGCUGUUGAGGACAAUUUUGCCAGCAUUGAUGCACGGAUGAAGAAGCUUGCCAAGUGAAGCCCCUAAAUCAGUCUACUGAGGCAAGGCACAUAUGUUGCCUGCUGUCCAAACGCACUAACUGCUCCGUCCCUUCCCUACCUCUGUCCCUUUUCUUGUGCACUUGUAGCAGGGGAUCAGCCUUCAUGCAGGCCAGGGUAUUGAGUGCUUAGUUUGCUGACAGACUUCUCUUCCCCCUGCCUUUCCCUUCCCCUUCCUCUCACCCAAUGUUUUGCUCUCCUUAUGGCAAUGCCAACUGCAGAGGGCAGCACUGCAUUCCAGUCUGGAGGGGGAGGGAACCAUCCUUUGCAUACCUACCUGCGCAAGGAACACUCACUGUUUGACCCCAAACAAGGAGCCUUAUGCUGGGAAAGGUAUCUUAUGUACCCCCUCAGUCUGGCAUGGAGGUGGAUCAUAUUGUUGUAUAAUUAUAAUUAUUUACUGUCAUUAAACUCUUAAUGCUUA